UAUGGCAAGGUCCUACACAUUAAGGGAGUAGUUUGUGUUUAUACUUUAUAUGAUGACCGAAGAGCAACACCCACCCGAAGUAACGGGUCCAUAUGAGGAGCCCAUCAAAUACGGCGACGUGUUCAUUGUAUCGGGCCAAGUUGCGAAUAAGCCCAUCUUACCGGAAGAUGCCGCUGCCAUGGAGGCCGGUGAGCGUAACGUUAUGGGCCAAAGCCCACUUUUUGGCCCAGCAUCCGUUAUGCAAUCCGCCGCCUCUAUUAAUGUGCAAUCGGGUUAUUGUGACCCGGAUUCAAAUCCGAACCAUGAAGGGGUUCAGGUUACAGAGUCCGAUAUGAAUGGAAUUCGAAUCAUCACGGAAUCCGUUAGUGACGAGGUAGUAGGGCAAUAUGUUGAACCAAACUUUACCGGUCCAAGUGCAACUUCUCCAGCAGAACAAGCCCAAGAGAGGGAGUCAGUCACAAUUGGUGAGGCCUUGGAGGCUGUGGCACUUUCAGCUGGUGACCACCCAGUCGAUAAGGCCGAUGCAGCUGCUAUAGAGGCUGCCGAGAAGAGAGCUCUUGGCGUCGACACCAUGCCACACGGAGGCCUCGCUGAGGAGGCUUACAAUGCAGCCGCUUGGAAUGCUAAAACGUUGGGCUAUGAAUUUAGGACUACUAUGGAUGACAUCCUUAGGGAUGCUAGUGAUAAAUUGUCACAUGAUAAGCCUGUAACGCAUGAAGAUGCCAAAGAAAUAUUAGAAGCUGAGGCCAAGAAUGAUCCAGCCAAUGCUAUUACUGCUGGUGGAGUGGGUGAGAUGAUGUCUGCUGCUGCAAGUUUAAAUAUUCCCAAAUCCUAGGAAUAAAUACCUAGUGUUGCGUCAUUAAAUGCUACGAGUAUAUAUAAGUCGUGUUACAUGUACAAAUUAAAUACAAAAGCAUCAUACAUUCAGGUGUACCUGUAUCUAUGAUGGGCAAUCUCAAUUAUACAUUCUUGUGUACAUAUAUUAACUCCAAUUUGCCGAGAUGAGUGUAUAUAUACAAGUAUAAUAUAAAAUGUUAGUGAGCCUUUUUUUUUUCAUUGUGUUCAGUUUAGGUGUGUGUUGUUACUCUCAUAUAAGCAAGCAUCAAUGCUUGGAACUUAUUAGCCAAUUUUUAUGGUUGAUGUGGGACAUAUAUAUAUGAUAUUUAUACAAUGGAAAAUGGUUCUUUUGCCCCACUUGAAUGUAUAUGUUUUAUCUACUAUUCCAAAAAUAUUUACUGCUCAUAAAGAGACAAUAUAU